CACAGGCUGUGGCGCUGCAGUCGUCGCUCGGCCAUGGGGAAGGUUCAGCUCUUCGAGAUCAGCCUGAGGGACAGCCGGGUGAUCUACAGCCCGGGGGAGACCCUGUGCGGGACCGUCACCGUCAGGACCACCGCCCUGCUCUCCUACAAGAGCAUCAAGGUGAACUGUUUGGGCUCCUGUGGGGUCUCUAACAAGAGCAAUGACACCUCAUGGAACGUGGAAGAACAUUACUUCAAUGGAACGUUCUCAUUGGCUGAUAAAGGAACGCUACAGCCCGGCGAGCACACCUUCCCUUUCCAGUUCCUGUUGCCAGUAUCGGCACCGACGUCCUUUGAGGGGCCCUUUGGCAAAGUGAUUUACCAAGUGAAGGCCGUCAUAGAAACGCGAAGACUCUCCAAAGAUUACAGGAGCAGCAAACAGUUCUACAUCCUAAGGCCCCUUGACCUGAAUGAAAUACCAGAUAUUGAGCAAUUAAGCUGUGCAACCGCAACCAAGAAGUUUAACUACAAGCUGGUGAAAUCUGGUCAACUCCUGCUGAGUGUGACCUCUGACCUGCGGGGCUAUGUAGUGGGGCAGCCUAUCAAAAUCAACACAGUGUUAGAGAAUAAAUCUGGGCGGGACACUGGACCCAUUGUGGCAAGUCUUAUUCAGAAAGUCGCCUACAGAUCAAAACGCGUCAUCUAUGACCUGAGGACCAUUGCGGAGCUUGAGGGGGCUGCGGUGAAGGCCUGGAAGCACGCAGUUUGGGACGAGCAGAUUCUAGUGCCCGCUCUCCCUCAGUCGAUCUUACAAGGCUGUAACCUCAUCCAGAUAGAGUAUUACCUCCAGGUCACUGUUAAAAGCCCGGAGGUUUCCGUCACGUUGCCCAUCUACAUUGGAAACAUAUCCGUCAACCCGGCUCGCCUAGGUCUAAGACACUCCAUAUCACACGCCCCGACACCCGUUGUUCCCAGUGCGCCUCCUGCUGACGAUGACCAGUGUAGCAGCCUCCAGCCUAUGGACAAUGUCUCUAUUCCUACCAAGUGCCACUCGCAGCAACAGUCCAACACCCCCUUCAGCUACGCCCCCGACCUGAACUUUCCAGACUCACGGGAGCCAGAGGCAGGAACUCUGGGGUCUCCCUCCCACCCGACCCUCUGCCUGUCCACAGGGGCCACCAUCCCAUACUUUUCCGAGGGAGCUGUCGUUCCAGUGACUACAGCCAGCACGCUGAUCUUACCCCCGGAAUAUAGCACAUGGGGUUAUCCUUACGAUGCCCCCCCAUCCUACGAGCAGAGCUGCAAUGAAGCUGCGGUCAGUAAUGGUAACUGAGUGGUCGUCUCCGAUAAAGGACACUCUGACAUUUAGUGGGCUGCUCCAUGGACCGUUUCGUAGGGGGGGGAGGAUUUUCUUAUUUUAUUUUAUGUGACCUUAACCCCUCCCUCCGCCCUGUCAAUCAUUUUUCAUCUAUAACUUGGUGCAGCCGCCGGACUUGGUAAUGAAGGUGACCCCCGCACUCCCCGGCCUGUUGGAACAUCAUGGAGAAUCUUACGUUCCGGAAUUUUCUAAGCACCUGUGGUGCCUUAUUAAACGAACUUUUUGGUCAGUGCUCUGGGCCCUGCGACUCCUCAACUGGUGCGGAAUUACAAAAUUGCAAUCCUCUCAAAGGGCAACUAUCACGUCUCAAGCCACUGGAUCAGUGUUUCCCAACCAGGGUGCCUCCAGCUGUUGCAAAACUACAACUCCCGCCAUGCCCGGACAGCCAAAUCCGGGCAUGGUGGGAAUUGUAGUUUUGCAACAGCUGGAGGCACCCUGGUUGGGAAAUGCUGCACUAGAUGAUAACCUUAGGCUAAGCAAAACUUUUAUUGGGGAGAUUUUGUUGCUUUAAAUCCAUAAAAAAAACUAAGGGGUUAACCAAAAUUAGAAAAAAAGAACUACCGGUAAUUUAUAUUAAAAACAGCGCCACCUCUAUCCUCAGGUUGUGUGUGGUAUUGUAGCUCCAUUCCAUUCAAGUUAACCAAAAUAGAAAUAAAGAACUAAUUUCUUUUAAGAACAGUGCCACCUCUGUCCUCAGGUUGUGUGUGGUAUUGCAGCUCAGUUCCAUUGAAGUGAAUGGUGCUAAAUUGUAAUACUACUCAAAACUUGAGGACGGAGGUGGCUCUGUUUUUAGAAGAAAUUUCAUCUGUUUUGCUAUUCCUGGCUAACCACUUUAAUACUGUGCUUGAAUGUCAGAGAUGGGGCGGCCUCUGAUGCCACAACACCCGUCUCCACUGAGGUCACGCUUGCUUCUACUGUUGACUAACACACAGGUCUCCCCGGCCACGCAAUGUCUAUUGCGGCGCACGCACUGUGAGUCAGAGAGAUUCAGAAUCCCUGGCAGACACACCGCGCAUGCGCAGUAAUACACAUUGACUGCACUCAUGGUGGUUGAGUCAGAGAGAUUCAGAAUCACUGUCAGACUCGCUGCGCAUGGACCGAAAUACACAUUGACUGCACUCAUGGUGGUUUUGUCAGAGAGAUUCAGAAGAACUGGAAGACUCACUGCGCAUGCGCGCUGUAAUACACGUUGACUGCACACUUGCUGGUUGUCAGAGUUUUAAAAAGACUUACUGCACGUGCGCCAUACUAUACAUUGACUGCACACACACGCUGGUUGAGCUAGAUUCAGAAUCGUCUGCAGACUCACCGCGCAUGCGCUGUAAUACACUGACUGCACACGCUGGUUGGGUCAAAGAGAUUUGAUUUGGGAUAAGUGUCUGAUCGCAGGGGGUGGGGGGCUCCGGACACUGGGACCCACCGCAAUCUCCUGUACGGGGCCUUGGCUCUGCUGCGGCUCUCCCGUGCAGGAGGCUUGUGGGCCGCCGCAACCGACAUGCCCCCUCCAUGUAUCUCUAUGGGAGAGGCGGAGAUGCAACGUUCGUGCAUCCUCGCCUCACCCAUAGAUCUGUAUGGAGGGGGCGUGUCUGUCGACCUCAGUGAGGUCAACGACACGCGUAUUAGCCGUGAGAAUGCCGGGUCCCGGUACGGGAGAUCACGUGGGGGGGGACACAUCCCCCCCCCCCUUUUUUUUUAUAGAUAUAAAGCAACAAAAUCACCCAAAAAAAUGUAAAUAAAAAGGCCAAAAAAACGUGUUGUGCAUGGUGUGCCCAAGUCUCAUGCGUAACUUUAAGCCAGUGUUCCCCAACCUGGGUGCCUCCAGCUGUUGCAAAACUACAACUCCCAGCAUGCCCGGACAGCCAACGGCUGUCCGGGCAUGCUGGGAGUUGUAGUUUUGCAACAGCUGGAGGCACCAUGGUUGGGAAUGACUGCUCUGUACACUAUGUACUAGGGGCUCUUGAGGACCAGUCCGUUUCUUAGUUACAACUCCCAUCAUGCUGAGAGCCGCAGACUAUUGCUCUGAACCAUGUAUAAAUAUAUAAGCAGAUAUAUAUAUAUAUGAGUGUUUGCUUGCUAGUGUAUGUUGAGUGAGGAAGAGGAUAUUUUCGUUUCUUUUCCUUUUUUUUUUUUUUUAUCCUGCUUUUUUAAGAGGAUGUCUUCAGUGUGAAUGAUGUUGUUGGGAAAACCUCAUUGUAAUAUUAUUAUUAUUAUAAUAUUUUCUCCGAGGGGAUGAUCUUAUCUUAUUUUAUUUGUUGCGUUCCAUUAAAAAUCCAUUGUUUUUAUUUUAAACGUAGAAACAUUUUCUGUGAAUCGUAGCUGAGGAGGAGGAUGAUUGUGGCGAGCAAAACUACAACUCCCAGCAUGCCCGGACAGCCAAAGGCUGUCCGGGCAUGCUGGGAGUUGUAGUUUUGCAACAGCUGGAGGCACCCACUGCUCUAGGGUUGAAGCCCCUGAACGUCACAACUGGUACUACAUUGUCACGUUCUUAUCAAUACUGUGAAAUAUCGUCUAUUGACCAUAAUCCACCAUUUUUACAUUAUCCCUGUUUUUUUAAAUAAAAUUUUACACACAAAAAAAAAAAAAA